AAUAUCAUCAACAGCGCCAAGGUUUCAAUUGCCGGAGGUCGCUGUCCAAAUUCAUCGAGAAACGGCUACUUACUGAUCUGCUGGAAGCCUGAAGAUUGCAGACAUGGCCCCGAAGGCGUGUGAAAGUCGCCAUACUCGACACAGAGAUUGACCGAGCAUAUCCGCUCUUGGAUGAAGCCAUUGGGCAAGUCAAAAGCCAGUAUAGCAGGACAAAUGAGAUGCCAGCAAAGCUUGUUGACAGUUACACCGGACAUGGUACCUUUACACUAUGCACUGAUUCCGAACGCAGUUUUCGCACUCCUGCAACAGUUUACAACAACGGUGACAGAGAGCAUAUCCGAUCACAAAUAGCCAAGAAAUACUGGGAUCUGAUCAGCCAAGUACCAGAGACUCUUAAAAAGACUACUCGCACACUUAUCAUCGGCAUUUCUACCAACGACCUCCAGAAAACGCUAUUUAUGGAUCAUUGGCAUUGCAUCUAUGCCACCGUGGUUGAUUAUUGACAGGAAAUCGAAUCCAUCUACCUUAUCUCACUGCACAUCCUUUGUCACCCU